UCAGAGAGUCGACCUGGCCAUUCAGCUCGCGACCUCAAACUCGAGAGCGCGGGUCUCGUUCUCAGUCUCGUCAGCUUGCGCUGUGCAUCGACGGACAUCCCGAAGUACGUCUCCGCGAGAUCCUUGUACUUGAUGAUCUUGCGUGCGGCGCUGCUGUCGGUCUUCAUCCGGGCUUUGAGCGAGGUGUUCUCGUCGUCUCGGGCCCUCUUCUCACACUUGAAGACGCCGUCAUCGACGAAGGUGACGCUCUGCGCCGCGGUACUGCUCACCUCUUGGCCUGCGGUAGAUGACCGCUCGACUCCGGAGACCUCGGAAGGAACGUACGAUAGCUUGGAGAGCCACAGGGCGGCGGCACGUCCACCCUGGGCAACAAUAGGUAAAGUGUAUGAAGGCAUGGUAAGAUAGCUGUAUUCUGGACGGUCAGCCCACGGUCAGCCUCAGAGGCUCGCAGCGGUCCAGGCAGCCCAACCCGGAGGGCAGUCAGGAUUGUAAUGCCAGCCGCCCAAUUCAACUAGCA